UAUCUCUAUUUACAUGUGAGUCAUUGACAAAAUUGGAGCUAAGUGAGGGUCUGCAUUUGGCCUAAAAACAUUUCUUUUCCGCAUCUCAAGAGCCUUACACUCUCCGGAAUCCAAUUUGGUAAUAAUGGUUGCUGGAAUAAGCAACCUUUUUCCUCUUUCCAUGUCCUUCAAGAGUUGAUUUUGAAAAACUGUUCUUGGUUUGGUAUGAAGGAAUUCAACAUUUUAACUCCACUAUUAGAAGUCUUGGAAAUUGACACCAACGGUUGUCGUCACCGGGAUUUAGAAUAUUGUGAAUUCAAAAUUCAUGCGCCACUUCUAGUAUCUCUCAUAUGUAGUGGUGUCGUGGCGAAGGAUUACGUCUUGAUGUGCAGCUUUCUAGUACUAGAUUAUGCAGAAGUUUCGUUCACCAUAUCUGAUGACGAAUCAGGAAGGUGGGAGCAAAGGAUAAGUCAUGUUAUAAGAAAGUUUGUUGGAGCACUUUCACGUGUCAGGCAGCUAUCAUUAUCAUUAUCUGUCAGCAGAACAGAGGCUCUCUCCGUUGCAGACGAUUUUGUUAGCAACCUACCUACAUUUCAAAAUUUAAACAAGUUAAAUCUGUGUUUUGGAGCAACCAAAGAUAUACGAAUAUAUGCAUUGCUCGGAGUAGCACCUAAUCUGGAGUGCCUUGUAUUUUCUUUGGAAAGUGUGCAAAACUUUUGAAUCUGAAUACCUUUUAUGCUUUCCAAGAAAAUAUUAUUAAUGUGUUUGUAUGUCUAUUUUUUAACUACAGGUCGACCAUUUAUGUGAUGACGACAAAGAGUGUGAUAAAAGUGAAGAAUUGUUUCGACACUUCCAGUCAGUUCGGUUCGUGGAAUUCAUUGGUAGAAGGAGGGAGUCAAGAUAGGCAAAAUUAAUCUUGAAGUAUGCAGAAUCCUUGCAGACGAUGAUUAUUGAAUACUAUGUUCCGACAAUGAAAAGCAAAAAACUGGUUAUGUCGGAGUUGCUAAGCUUUAAAAGAGCCUCUAGGAAAUGCAGGGUUAAAUUUGUCUGUAACUUGUGAUAAAGGCAUGAGAUUUCCAUAAUCAACAUGUUUUUUUCCAGAGUAGUUAUUUGUAUUUAGUCUUGGUCCUCGACAGUGCAUUUUGAAUUUUUUUUGGCAGAAAACAGGACACAGUUGCUUUAUGGAGAGAACAUGGCAUGAUAUGUUAGUUUUUGAA